AUGGGCUGCUCUGGCUGUUCCGGAGGCUGCGGCUCCAGCUGCUGUGUGCCCGUGUGCUGCUGUGUGCCAGCCUGCUCCUGCUCCAGCUGUGGCAAAGGGGGCUGUGGCUCGUGUGGGGGCUCCAAGGGGGGCUGCGGCUCCUGUGGGGGCUCCAAGGGGGGCUGUGGCUCCUGUGGGGGCUCAAAGGGGGGCUGUGGCUCUGGCUGUGGGGGCUGUGGCUCCAGCUGCUGUGUGCCCGUCUGCUGCUGCAAGCCCGUGUGCUGCUGUGUGCCAGCCUGCUCCUGCUCCAGCUGUGGCAAAGGGGGCUGCGGCUCCUGUGGGGGCUCCAAGGGGGGCUGCGGCUCCUGUGGGGGCUCCAAGGGGGGCUGUGGCUCCUGUGGCUGCUCCCAGUCCAGCUGCUGUGUCCCCGUUUGCUGCUCCCAGUCGAGCUGCUGCAAACCCUGCUGCUCCCAGUCCAGCUGCUGUGUGCCCGUGUACUGCUGUGUGCCAGCCUGCUCCUGUUCCAGCUGUGGCAAAGGGGGCUGCGGCUCCUGUGGGGGCUCCAAGGGGGGCUGUGGCUCCUGUGGCUGCUCCCAGUCCAGCUGCUGCAAACCCAGCUGCUCCCAGUCCAGCUGCUGCAAACCCAGCUGCUCCCAGUCCAGCUGCUGCAAACCCAGCUGCUCCCAGUCGAGCUGCUGCAAACCCUGCUGCUCCCAGUCCAGCUGCUGUGUCCCUGUCUGCUGCUCCCAGUCCAGCUGCUGCAAACCCUGCUGCUCCCAGUCCAGCUGCUGUGUCCCGGUUUGCUGCUCCCAGUCCAGCUGCUGCAAACCCUGCUGCUCCCAGUCCAGCUGCUGUGUCCCCGUUUGCUGCCAGCGCAAGAUCUGA